CAAGAACGGGAGCCUGCCUGCCGCGAUCGGGCAUGCUGGGCACAGCAGCAUGGCGCCUGGCGCACACCCACUUACUGGUCGCGGCAGCGGCAGGAGCAGCAGCAGCAGCCUGUCUGCCUGCUGGUAGUAGUUGCAGUACGCUGUAGGCGUUCCCGUGGUUGCUGGACGGCGACACACUAGGACGGGCACCGGCGGCGGGGCCCAAGGGCCGUUUGAGCACCGGAAGGACGCCCACUCGGCUCUCGAGCGACCGCCGAUUGGCCGCGCUUGUGAGUCUGGGGGACGAGCACCAUCAACCGCCACGCGGGCUUUGUGUGACCAAGGAUGCCGUGCAGAGGGAUCUUGCGGGACGGGCUUGGGGGUUCGUACGUACAGUAACGAACUGUACGCCGUGACGCAGCCCGGAGGGUGGGCCUGUCCUAAACGAGAGGAAUGCGAUCGGGACGGGCUUGACGAUGGGCUGGCGGGGGCUGCCUCGAAGGCGGGACUGGCACAGGAGGCUUCCGAUCGUGCUUGUUCCAUGGCGUCGCCACGAUGCUCCCUUGACGGGCGCCCGACCGGGCGAGGCAGAAUCCGCGCCUCCUGGGGGAGCCAGGACGUUUCGCAGCCAGCAGACCAGCCAAACUGUCGACUGCAGCAGGGAGCGGCUCGUGAGUGGCGGCGGCGGCGGCAACGACGGGGGAGGGAGUGAGUGGUAUGGCGGGGUGUGCAGAAGCCAUUCCCUGGCUGACGGAACGGGAUGCAAUUCGCGCCCGGUGGAGACGCCUUCUGGGAACAAGUCCUAGUGGGCCCCCCUUCA